GUUCGGGGCGCACUAGGGGACCCGGGGGCGGAUUCGGGGCGGACUAGGGCUGCUGGAGCGCAGAGACUCAGAGAGGGGCGGGGCGCACGGCUGGACACGCGGUGAAAGGAGUGAUCAGGGUGGGGCGCAGCGAGGCCGCUGAAGUCUCUGCCGUGGAUGGGCCUCGAACUCGGAGCGGGUGGGGCCCCUGGAGACGCAGACGACGCCUCCGCUUGGCUCGGCGGCUGGAGCCCGGGAGAGAGGCCGCGCCCGGGCGCCCUCGGCCGCGUGGUGCCCACCGCGCGCUGCGCCCACACCAUGCCCGUGUCCGACCAGGCGUUUGUCACGCUGGCCACCAACGACGUCUACUGCCAGGGGGCCUUGGUGCUGGGGCAGUCACUCCGGGAGCACAGGGCCACCAGGAGGCUGGUGGUGCUGCUCACGCCUCAGGUGUCCACCCCGCUCAGGGUUAUCCUCUCAAGGGUGUUCGAUGAGGUCAUCGAGGUGAACCUCAUAGACAGCGCGGACUACGUCCACCUGGCCUUUCUGAAGAGACCUGACCUCGGAAUCACCCUCACCAAGCUUCACUGCUGGACGCUCACCCAUUACAGCAAAUGCGUCUUCCUGGAUGCAGACACAUUGGUGCUGUCCAACAUCGAUGAGCUAUUCGACAGGAGGGAGUUUUCUGCGGCCCCAGAUCCCGGGUGGCCGGAUUGCUUCAAUAGCGGGGUGUUUGUCUUCCAACCCUCGCUGGAGACGCACAGCCUCUUGCUACAGCACGCCGUUGAGCACGGCAGCUUUGACGGGGCAGACCAAGGCUUGCUGAACAGUUUCUUCAGUAACUGGUCCACCGCCGACAUCCAACACUUGCCCUUCAUCUAUAACUUGAGCAGCAACACCACGUACACCUACAGCCCUGCUUUCAAACAAUUCGGCUCCAGUGCGAAGGUGGUCCACUUUCUGGGGUCCUCGAAGCCUUGGAACUACAAGUACAAUCCCCAGACGGGCUCCGUUUUGGAGGAGGGCUCCGGGCGGGCCGACCAGCCUCAGACGUCCUUCCUUAACCAGUGGUGGGGAAUUUACCACCGUAGCAUCUUGCCCCUCUGUGAAAAUAUCCGGAACAAGGACCACCAGGCGCCCCCAGGUCACACGGCUCGCCUUGGAGGCAUCGGGGUGCCGCGUUCCAGUGCAGCAGCCACAGCAGAGGGGUCGUGUGCGAAUCCAGCAGAGGGGCCCAGGCAGGCUAGCUCUGCUGACAGCUCGGAGAGGACCGUGGGGGCGGAGGGAGACAUCCCCACUCUGGCAGCGUGCCCUUCCGAAGAGACGGGAGGUUGUCGAGAAAUAGAGACUCGAGGUGAAGUGCGACGUGACCUGUUCUCAACACCCUCCCCCCAGUUUGCAGACCUCACAGAGAUCCAAAGCUAUUCGCGGCGGGCGGAAAACGAAGGAGGUGCCCCAGCCGAGGACGCCUUGGAACCGAGCCGGGAGCCCCCUGCGGAUGUCAGCAGGGACCCCAGUCCCCAGGACGCUCUGGAGGUGGACCUGACCAUUUCCGUCUCCCAGAUCUCCAUCGAAGAGAAGCUCAAGGUCCUGAGUUCCGAGGAGGAGCGGAGGAAGUGGGAGGAGGGGCGGAUGGAUUACCUGGGGAAGGAUGCCUUUGCCCGCAUUCAGGAAAAGCUGGACCGCUUCCUGCAGUGACCGCACUGUCCUGUUCCAUCCACGUCCCAAAGCCCUUUCCAAGGAGCUCUUCACCCACGUGCCUCUGUUUACGGUCAGCCCUCCUGAGUGCCUUCUGCCCACCCUGUGGUCCAUCCGAAACCCAGCUCGAAGCCCCGUGUGACCCCAGCUCCCCAUGCCUCUCAGGCUUCCCCGGGGACGUCCUGUCUGCUUUAUGUCUUGUUAGCAAGUCACUGAGGAUGGUGACUGCAGCCAUGAAAUUAAAACACACUUGCUCCUUGGAAGAACAGCUGUGACCAACCUAGACAGCGUAUUAAAAA